AUACCAGACGCCGCUGUUAACUAUUUUGACGUUUCCAUCUCCUGGCAGACAUAUUGCCUACCGGAGCAAAUUCUGGGAGGCUACAGGCGGGAUAGGGUUUAAAAAUCGAUCUGUUUCUGUACGUCGUGAGGCAAUCAAAACAUACACAGCAGAAUGGAACCAUCAUCUAGUCCGGCCAAGGAUAACUACAGGAUGAACCGCUACAAGAACAAAGCACUGAACCCAGAAGAGAUGAGGCGCAGAAGAGAGGAGGAGGGCAUUCAACUUAGGAAACAGAAGCGAGAACAACAGCUUUUCAAGAGGAGAAACGUGGACGUUCUCCAUGAUGAAGUGAUGUUUGACAGCCCACUGGUGGACUCCUACCUCAGCUCUCCAGUAACAGAAGGCGUCAUUACCAGAGACAUGGUUGAGAUGCUUUUUUCAGAAGAUCCAGAACUGCAGCUCACCACAACCCAGAAGUUCAGAAAGCUACUUUCCAAAGAACCCAAUCCACCAAUUGAUGAAGUUAUAAAUACACCUGGAGUAGUAGAGAGGUUUGUGGAGUUCCUGAAGAAAAGUGUCAACUGCACAUUACAGUUUGAGGCAGCUUGGGCGUUGACCAACAUAGCGUCUGGAACAUCUAUGCAGACAAAGACAGUGAUUGAGGCUGGUGCUGUGCCAAUCUUCAUAGAACUACUUAACUCAGACUUUGAGGAUGUUCAAGAGCAGGCUGUGUGGGCUUUAGGUAAUAUUGCCGGGGAUAGUGCAGUGUGUAGGGACUAUGUGCUGAACUGCAACAUCCUUCCACCACUGUUAACCCUUUUAAACAAAUCCACUAGAUUGACUAUGACAAGGAAUGCAGUGUGGGCUUUGUCUAAUCUCUGCAGAGGAAAGAACCCCCCACCCACAUUUGAAAAGGUGUCGCCUUGCCUGCCGGUACUAUCCAGACUGUUAUUCAACAGCGAUCCAGACUUGCUGGCAGAUGCCUGCUGGGCAUUGUCUUAUCUCUCUGAUGGUCCAAAUGACAAGAUUCAGGCUGUCAUUGACUCUGGGGUCUGUAGACGUCUUGUAGAACUGCUCAUGCACCCAGACUAUAAGGUGGCCUCUCCUGCCCUGAGAGCUGUCGGCAAUAUUGUCACCGGAGAUGAUAUCCAGACACAGGUGGUCUUGAACUGCUCGGCCCUUCCCUGCUUGCUACAUCUUCUCAGCAGUGCUAAAGAGUCUAUUCGCAAAGAAGCCUGCUGGACAAUCUCAAACAUCACAGCAGGAAACAGAGCACAGAUACAGACAGUAAUUGAUGCCAACAUCUUCCCAGUGCUGAUUGACAUUCUACAGAAAGCAGAGUUCAGAACCAGGAAAGAGGCAGCUUGGGCCAUCACCAAUGCCACCUCUGGAGGAACACCAGAACAGAUCCGGUACUUGGUGAAUCUGGGCUGCAUUAAGCCUCUGUGUGAUCUUCUGACUGUGAUGGACUCGAAGAUUGUUCAGGUAGCUCUCAAUGGGCUUGAGAACAUCCUGAGGCUGGGCGAGCAGGAGGCCAAGCAGGAGAAUAACGGCACCGGAGUCAACCCCUACUGCAGCCUGAUCGAGGAAGCCUACGGUCUGGAUAAGAUUGAGUUCCUCCAGAGUCACGAUAACCAGGAGAUCUACCAGAAGGCCUUUGACCUAAUUGAGCACUACUUUGGGGUAGAGGAUGAGGACAGCAGUCUAGCCCCUCAGGUGGACCAGGCCAAUCAACAGUUCCUCUUCCCCCAGCAGGAGGCGCCCAUGGAGGGCUUCCAGCUAUAAAUCAGCACCUCCCCUCCUACAUGAUCUGACCACACGGAGAGCUUCAGGCAAACUCCACAACACUUAUUAGAGGAAACUACCACCUCCCAGCCCAAAGUGUGUGUGUGUGUGUGUGUGUCUGUCCCGUCUUAAAAUGCACGUAGACAUUUUUCCUGCCAUGUGAUAGUUCAAUUAUUUCAUUGGCAGUACUGAUGAUUCUUUAGUUGAUCUUGAUACUUUUUCCUUUUCUUUAAUGGGACAUUGAGGGUUACCAGUGUGUUCCCAUGCAAAGUCCAAAGAUUGGAGUGCAUGAGGUAACACAGAUGCUCAGUUCUUGAUGUCAGUUGAACUUGGUGCAAUUUAAAAACAAAAAAAAAAAAACAGUUUUAGGUUAGUUAUUGACCCAGCCCUUAUUUAUCUAUUUCUUUUCAGUACAUGUGAUUUGUAUCCCUUUUUUUUUUUUUUUUGUUUUUUUUGUUUGGUUUUUUUUUGGCUAAGAGAAUCUUUGAUCCUCUCGCGUUGGGGCUGGUCUCUGCUUAUUUAUUGGUAUUCCUGUUGAUUCAGAGGCAGUGCUUUUCUCCUUAGAUGAGUUUCAGACACAUGAUGUCCACAAAAAUAAGGGCUUAGUACAGCCCCUGAAUCUGAAUGCCCAAACUUGGAAUUGUAACUUUCCCCCUUGAUAUGCUUUACACAUCUUUUGGGGGAAGGUGUUGUGAUGCCAAUGCAUAAAACAUAAAUAAGGUUCUCAUUUGUAAUAAUGAUUUGGGGAUUAAGGAAUAAGACAUAGCUAAGACGACCACAAAAAAAAAUAUAUCCAGGUGUUGAGGGUGAUAGUUAGA